UACUGGAUUUGUACCUAAAGUACGUUUCCCUGGGAGGGGGGAAAGAGAGCUAUCGAGUGAGAGUACGAGGGAGCGGGACGGAGCGAUGUAUGUAGAAUGAUUCGGGCCUAUGGACACGCUCGCACCUCGAUGGUCCGUGCUACCGCCGCUAGGAAAAAGUCGAGUAUCAUCACGGGUUGUGUGUCGAGGGGACGCUUUUUUCCUGUAAAGUUUUAUAUGAAUUAGUGGCCGGUUCAUGUGUUUUCUAAUAAACGAACGGUCUGUUAUUAGAUUUAAGAAAGUGAGGCCGCGUUGGGGUAUCGAGCGAUCGCUGUGGUCGCCUUCGAGACUUUAGAUGCUCAAGCGGAAAUCUCGCGAUAAUGGCGUACGUUCCGACGACGUUCUGUUGUUUUUUUUACAAAGUGGCUUUGGUAAGCUCGUACAGUUACCCCGUCGCACAUCAAUCGCGUGUAUACCUCGACUGUAAGGUUUAGUGGAACGGCGGUCCUCGAGCUCGAAGAUAUGAGUGCCGUUUAAUAUAGCUGCCGGAGAUAUAAGUAAGAAGAAUUGAAUUCAAUAUUUCGGGAAAGGAAUAACGAGGAAGAAAACGAAAAAUCUGAAAAUCUAAAAUGUAUUAUCAGCCUAAAGUAAGAAUUUAAUUACAAGUGUUCACCGAAAUCUCUGCCGAUCACCCCGUCUAGAAUGUACUCCGAGUUGCUACCUUGACAAUAUCCAAAAGAGAGGAGCAAUUUUUUAAUACAAGCAUCUGUCCGUAACUAUAGAUUCUGGAAUUUUCAUCAGAAGGUAUAGAGAAGUAAUAACGAUGGGCACACUACUGGCCAUAGGAAAGGUAGUAAAAUUCCCUCUUGAGCCUGAGACGGAGGUGAAUAGUCGUGCAGCGUAAAGACAUGGACUCGUACGAUCUAUUUGGCGAAGAUGUCAGUGGCUCAAUGCUCGACGCUCUUCCAGACCUUGGGGGUACUGACCACUUUGACUCGGCAGCUGCAUCAAACCCGGCGGUAGUCUCCCGAGAUGGUCCGAAUCCUGGUCCAAAUGGAGGCGGGAAUUACAUCAACCAACCAUACAGCAUAUCUCAAGAAUCUCCUCUGCAGAAAUUAACUUCAUUCGGUGGAUCUGAAUUUGGAAGCUCUAACCAACUACAAAAUACAACACAACGAAAUAUGUUCAAUCAAAACUUAGCCGGCUUUGACGCUGGGGCUCCUCAGCGAGCUAUGGUGCCAGGAGCAUUCCAGAAUCAAGCGCGUAGCAUGGCUCCGCAGCACAGAGGUCCUCAUCCAGGGGCUGGAAGUCAGUACCCCAGUUAUUCGGAUAACAUGUAUUCAAUGGAGCAGCAGCAUCCCAUGACUAGAGGUAAUUUGUCAAUGGAUCCAGGUAUGCAAGGAUGGCCAGGAAGUGGAGGUGCUUAUCCCCAAAUCCAAAGACACUAUAAUCAAAUGGCACCCCAACCUACAACAUACAGGCAGCAUAUGCCACAGUACCCACAUCAGCAGGAUCAGGCGGCAUUAAACCAAAAAAUGCAGCAGCAACAGCAGCAGCAACAGCAGCAACAACAGCAACAACAACAACAACAUUUCAACGCUCAGCAAGGGAUGAUGGGGAACAUGGGUGUCCCUCAUCAAGGUAUGCAGGGAACGGGAACUGCAGGAGUUUAUCAGCAUAUGGUGGGGCAACAACAGCAUUAUCAGCAAAGCAAUCCCGCAACAAUUUAUCAGAGUCCUUCGGGGUAUACUGGUUUCACAAGUGCGAUGCACACGCAGCAGCAACCACAGCAACCUCCACAACAGCCACAACGGAUGCCUCACCAUCUUCCAUCUCAUCAACCUCAUCCCACUCAUCAACAGUAUCCUCAGCAUCCACAACAAAGCAUGGAUCCGCAAUAUUCUCAUCACUCAGCUCCCAUGUUUAAUCAACCUCAACAUCCAGGGCCUGCAGCGCAAUUUGGACCAGCGAAACAUGCGACCAGUCCUCAAUACCGGGCUACCUUUCCUCAAUUGUCGCCUCAAAUGUCACCUAGACCUCAAAUGUCGCCUCGGCCACCUGCCGUUCAACAACAAAUGUCGCCAAGGCCCAUUAUGUCUCCAGCUAAACCUAGCACACUUUCGCCUCAUCCUCAUUCGCAAUUACCACAUCAAACGUCGAAUCAGCCUAAUGCUAUGUCCGUAUCUCCUUGUCCACCAACUUCUAUGAAUAUGAACACGUCUGGAGCUUCUCAGCAGAGUACUCUUCAGGCACUUGAACAAAUGGUCAUACCAGGAGUUGCUGUCCCUAAUCCAAAUGUAACGAGUCAGGAUUAUAAUCAAUUUCAACCUCGUCCGCUUAUGCCUCACACGGCCAAUAUUUUGCCCCCCCAACCACCUCCACAAAAUUCUACACCACCUGUGACUGGACCCAGGAUGCCAUUGUCUAAUCAAUGGCCACAUCCGCCACAACAGCCACCACAACAGCAACCGCAACAGCAAAUUAGAUCAAAUUUGAAUGUGAAUGAUGGUCGAUCUAUUAUGGAAGUUCAAACAACAGCUAGUUCAGAAACAAAUUCCUUGUUUCCUGUCAAUGGACCAGACAGUAAUAAUGUAGUAGAAACAACGACGCGAGACACCACAGACAACGCACAAAAUGUAAACCCUCUGAAGCAGGAAACGGAAAGUCCUGAUCAAACUUCUCCUAAUCAAAAAUCUGAUAUGCUCAACCAACCAGCAGAAACAAUCCUUCAAAAUAGUACGCCAGCUAGUUCUGUGAGCGAGCAAGUAACUCCUAUUAAACCAGCGCCUUUAGAAGCUGUACAAAGCUUGCCAGCCUCAAGCACUAGUGGCAAUGUAAUCGAAACUGGAGUUAUGUCCCCUGUGGUACAGCAAUCUACAAUACCGCAAAUACCUAACUCCUAUCCUAAUGUCGAAAGCAAUGUGUCAGAGAGCAAAAUUACAGAACAGUCUGCUGAUGUGAGCACCAUAUCUUGCCACCAGCCAAAUGUAGCCACUCCGCCAUUGAUAAAUCAAUCUCAACAACAACAGUCGCAGCAGCAGCAGCAACAACAACAGGGGCAACAAUCGCUUAUUUGUCAGCAAGUAUCCAGUCAGCCUAUACCUCAGACACAGCCUCAAUUAAUUCCGACAUCUCAGCAGCAGCAGCAGGUGCAACCGAUAAUGGGGCAGCAGCCACAGAAUCAGCCGCCAUCUCUUAUGGGACAACAAACCCAACAAACUUCAAUCGGGCAGUCACCUCAGGCACAACCACAGCCCCAGCAUCAAGUUAAUAUGAUGCCUUCCAACAACUCUAUGAUUCCACUGCCGAUACAGCAUCAGCCACAAAUGCAGACACAGAUUCAAGGCCAAACUCCACAGAUACAGAGCCAACCUAGCCAAGUACAACCAGGGUUGAUGGGAGUACCACAAAUGCCGACGGUCGGUCAGGCUGGCAAUGUAGUCAUGCCUUCUCAUCAGACAACUGUUUCUCUCAGUAACCCACAACCAACGCAUCCUCCACAUCCAGUUUCAGCAGGAGCCUUCGGCGAGUACACAAACGUUCAAAAACCCAAUAAUAUGUAUUCCAACGAGAUGAUUGUGGGUUCUGGGCAGCAGUACCAUGCCAGCGGAGAUAUCAUUGGUUCCAAUACAAUGCCAGGCAUGUAUGGGAUGCCGCAGCCAGCACCACCACCUCCUGUCACUCCAAGUGGAUUCACGAAUCCUUGUGCUCCUGUAACUCAUCAUCAGGAGAGAGCGGCUCUUCAACAACAAUUACAAGAGUUGUAUUGCAUGCCUCCGGCCUCUGAAAAUCAAGAAAAAAUUGUUAGCUUGCAAGAGCGAUUGCAAGCUCUUCAGCAACACGAGAUUAAUGAUCAGUGCAACGGAGGACCUCAGUGUAUUCUCCAGACACCAAUGUUUACUACUGCUGCUGUUGUCGAUAGUCCUCAGGUUUCAAGUACGACUGGCCGAGGUAGAAGUAAAGGUGCUCCCCGUACUAAGAAGAGCAGGAAAAAAGUUGAUAAAGAAGUUGCACCACCAAUUAUAUCACAACAAAUUGGUCAGCCAGAGCCGCCAUCGUCAGAGAAUCUCGUUACCCCUGUGGAUAGUAGCAACGUAAUAGACAGUAUGGCAGAUUCUGAGGACCUUAAGCCAACUUCAGGUGACAUGGAGGAGGAGUGGAACAAAAAUAGAAAAGCUCGAUCACCCAGAAAGCCAAGAAAACCUAAAGAACCAAAAGAACCAAAAGAACCGAAGACCAAGAAAGAACCUAAGCCACCUAAAGAAGCUAAAUCUCCCAAGAGCAGGAAAAAAAAAGAAGCCAAAGAACCAGGUGGAAAACGUGGGAGAAAAAAAGUUGCUCAAUCAGAAUCAGCCGAUGAAGAACCUGCCGCUGAAGCUGAAGAAGCUGCGAUAUCUGACUCAGGAGCUGUACAAGAUGCUGAAGUGAAGCCAAGUGAGCCUGUGGAAACUGAUGAGCAGGAACAAGUUGAUUCUUCAACAACAGAACCAAUUGUUACGGAUUGUAAAGAAGAUACAGAGGAGAAAGCUGAACCUGAAGAAACACCUGAAGAAGAUAAAAAACCUGAAAUCCCAGAGGAAGCUCCUGAAGUUAGUACACCAGUUAAGAAAAAAUUGACUGGGAGAAAAAAGUCGGGAGCUAAGGUCAGCAUUGGAAGAACACCGCGAAGUUCAAAGAAACGAAAAAGUCGCAUAGCACCUGAUUCAGAUGGAGAAGAGUUAGCUGCAACACCUCCCCCUUCACCAGAAGCUGGAGAAGAUUUGAAUAAACGGCGAUCGGCAAGGAACACACACCGCAAAAAAUAUGUUGAUGAUGUUAUGCUUAGAUUUUCUGACGACGAAGUACCCUUACAAGAAAGUCAAGCUAAGAAAGCUGAUGGAAGUAAUGUCGCCAAACUGCCAGCUGUCAGAAAAGAAGCCGAAGGUGGCGAAGUUGGCCCUAAUAAACCAAACUUUGUAUAUAUUAACACAAUGGAUGAAGACUCCAUGGUUGUGCAACAUAUUUUAUGUAUGCGAAUGGGAAAAAGAGAAGUAAAACCUGAAGUGAAAUUAGAAAUACCUGCCAACGAGGCAACGACUGAGAAAACUGCAUCUGAACAUGAACCUGCACCUGAAACUGAAGCUAGACCUGAUGAGGAACCAAAUGAGAAAACCGGUGAAGAAGAAAGAGAAGUGGUUAAAGAACUUACAACGAAGGAAGAAGUGAAAAUGGAAACUGCAGUGGAAGUGGUGGGUGAAGAAGUAAAGGAGAAGGAAAGUGAAAAUGAUGAAGUGAAAAAUGAAGAGACGGAAGUAGAAAAGGAUAAAAAAGUAGAAGUUGAUAAAGAGAAGGAUGAGGAUGAGGAGAAUGAAGAAGAUGAAGAAGGAAAGAAAGAGCAAGAAAAGAUUGCGGUGGAGCAAAAUGAAGAGGAUAAAUCAAGCCUGAUCAAAGGAGGUGAAUCAGAAAUGGAAACAGGUGAACUAGACUCCGUGAAAGAACCUGAAGACGAGUCUGAGAGCAGUGAGAUAAAAGAAGGAGACGCAAACAUUGAAUCCAAAAAAGAAGCAGAGGCAACCUUGCCUGAAGCAGACGAAAAGGAGGAAAAACAAGAAACACAACAGCUAGAACCAAGCUGCAGUGAAGUUAAGCCUCAGUUCAUUGAGGUGGAAGAGUAUCUGGUGAAGUACAGAAAUUUCUCUUAUUUGCAUUGCGAAUGGCGCACAGAAGAAGAACUUUACAAAGGAGACAAGAGAAUCCAAGCUAAACUAAAGAGGUUUAAGCAAAAGAUGCAGCAGAAUACGAAUAUAUUUGAAAAUCCAGAGGAUGAUCCCUUCAAUCCGGACUUUGUAGAAGUCGACAGAGUACUUGAUGAAGCAACUCAUACUGACCCAACAACAGGAGAUACUGUCAGGCAUUUCCUUGUUAAAUGGCGUUCUCUACAAUAUGAAGAUUCUACUUGGGAGGUGGAAGAAGAUGUUGAUCCUGAAAAAAUUGCCCAAUUUCACAGAUUUAACAAAGUGCCCCCUAAAGAUCAAUGGAAGCCAAAGAAAAAACCUACAGCAGUUGCUUGGCAAAAACUGGAUGAGUCCCCAAUUUACAAAAGUAACAACAGUUUAAGACCCUAUCAGCUUGAGGGCCUAAAUUGGCUGCUUUUCUCAUGGUACAACGGACACAAUUGCAUUCUUGCUGAUGAGAUGGGUCUAGGAAAAACUAUUCAAUCUCUAACAUUCGUAGACGCCGUAUAUAAGUACGGAAUCCGCGGUCCUUUUCUCAUCAUCGCCCCACUUUCAACUAUACCGAAUUGGCAGCGAGAAUUUGAGGGUUGGACCGACAUGAAUGUCGUUGUAUACCAUGGCUCGGCCGCAAGUCGUAAUAUGCUGCAAGAAUACGAGGUGUAUUAUAAAAAUGACAAGCGCCAACCGAUCAAAGAUUUAAUCAAGUUUAAUGUCCUUAUAACAACAUUCGAAAUAAUAAUUACGGACUUCAACGAACUGCGUGGCUACAAUUGGCGACUUUGUGUAAUUGAUGAAGCUCACAGACUUAAGAAUAGAAACUGCAAGCUACUUGAAGGACUCAGACAGCUGAACCUAGAGCACAGAGUACUUUUAUCUGGAACUCCGUUACAAAACAACGUUAAUGAACUUUUUUCCCUCCUCAAUUUCUUAGAACCAAUUCAAUUUGCAAGUAGUGAGCAAUUUUUGAAAGAGUUUGGCAACUUGAGCAGUGACACUGAAGUUCAUAAACUUCAAUUGCUUCUGAAACCAAUGAUGCUUCGGCGAUUAAAAGAAGAUGUUGAAAAAUCUCUAGCCCCAAAAGAAGAAACCGUGGUUGAGGUUGAGUUGACGAACAUCCAAAAAAAAUAUUAUCGUGGCAUACUGGAAAGAAAUUUCUCUUUCCUUGCUAAAGGAACUACGUCUGCUAACAUUCCAAAUCUGAUGAACACGAUGAUGGAACUUAGAAAGUGUUGUAUUCAUCCUUUUUUACUGAACGGUGCUGAAGAUCAAAUUCAAUUAGAUUAUAAACAAAGUAAUGACAAAGAAGAUUCAGAAGGUUACUAUCAUGCAUUAGUGAAUAGUUCAGGAAAAAUGGUACUCAUCGACAAACUUUUACCGAAAUUGAAAGCCAGUGGUCAUCGUGUCCUUGUAUUCAGUCAAAUGGUUAAAUGCUUAGAUCUAUUGGAGGAUUAUCUUGUGUACAAAAAGUAUCCAUAUGAAAGAAUCGAUGGACGAAUUCGUGGAAACCUUCGACAAGCUGCUAUUGAUCGUUAUAGCAAGCCUGAUUCUGACAGAUUCGUUUUCUUGCUGUGCACAAAGGCUGGUGGACUUGGUAUCAACUUGACUGCUGCUGACACAGUCAUUAUCUAUGAUAGCGAUUGGAACCCUCAGAAUGACUUGCAGGCACAAGCACGAUGCCACAGAAUCGGACAGCAAAAAAUGGUCAAGGUGUAUCGCUUGCUUUGUCGCAAUACAUAUGAGAGAGAAAUGUUCGACAAAGCUUCGCUAAAGCUUGGUUUAGAUAAAGCUAUUCUACAGUCAAUGAAUACUAGUCAAGGAGGCAAGGAUCCCAACAACAAACAAUUGACAAAGAAAGAGAUAGAAGAUCUUCUUAAAAAGGGUGCGUACGGAGCUAUCAUGGAUGAUGAUAAUGCCGGGGACAAAUUUUGUGAAGAGGAUAUCGACAUCAUCCUUGAGAGGAGGACACAGGUCAUCACCAUUGAAGCAGAAAAAGGCUCGACCUUUUCCAAAGCUAGUUUUGCCUGUUCAUCAAACAGAACGGACAUAAAUAUUGAUGAUCCUGAUUUCUGGAAGAAAUGGGCAAAGAAAGCUGAAAUUGACACGACAGAAAAAAAAGAAGAGGAUGAACUUGUCAUCUCUGAGCCUAGACGUAGAACACAAAUUAAACGAUAUGGACACGAUGAAUCUGUUGUUGAUAUGUCUGAACUUGAUAGUUCAGAUGACAAUAGUGACGAUGACAUAGGAGGAGGACUUACAGGCAGAGGUAAAAGACGACGAGACAAAUUUGGCAAAAAGUCUCGUAAAUUCUUUGAUGAAUAUGUUCCAAGGGAAGGUGAGGUAGUUUAUGGUAACUGGGCACGCAGUGAAUGUUUUAAAGUGGAGAGAGGUUUACUUACAUUUGGUUGGGGACGUUGGGAAGAGAUAUUGCAACAUAGUCAAUUUCGCCGAAGUUGGAGAGAGAUUGAUGUCGAGGACUGUGCCAGAGUCAUUCUUCUCUAUUGCCUACGAUUCUAUCGCGGUGAUGAGAAGAUACGUAAUUUUGUAUGGGAUUUGAUUACUCCAUUGGAAAAUGGUGAAAAAAUUAAAACCGUUAUGAUCCACACAACUGGAAGAAACAGCAGGCAGAAACAGAAAAAGGGUCGCACAAGGGAAGGGCGUGAAACUCGAGGGUCCUCUUUCAACAAUGGACCAAGCGAUCCAAAUCAUUGGAGUAAUGCAGAAAAGUACGAUGGGGAUAUAUUCCUAGAGAAUAAUUACAAGAAGCAUCUAAGUCGUCAUGCAAACAAAGUACUUUUGCGUGUUAGAAUGCUGUAUUACAUCAAACACGAGAUCAUCGGUGAUCUUGUACAGCAUAUCUCGGAUGGUGUUCACGUUAGUGCGUUGCGGAUAAAUCCUCCGCAACUGGCGGAGCCUCCAGUGAAAUGGUGGGACCUGAUGGCAGACAAGUCUUUAUUAGUGGGAUGCUUCAAACACGGCUACGAGAAUUACGAUCUGAUGAGGGCCGAUCCCGCGCUUUCUUUCAUUACCAGCUGUCCUCUCCCUCCCCAGACUCAGACCGUUCAUGCAAAUAAUAGGGAUGAUAAAAAUUUGGAGAACGAAAUUGAAGAUGGCGAGACAUCAGGUCUUGCAAGGGAGUGUAAAGAUUUGGAAAAAUUCGGAAGAGAGACUCCCACUGAUUCUCCUGCUAUAUCGAGUAAAGCUGAUACUCCGAUACCAGAAGCUAGUGGCAGUCAUGAUGGCAACGACGUAAUAACAGAGGAUGAUAAAGCCUGGCCGUCGGUUGUGGAUCUCAAUACUCGUCUUCGACGGGUUAUUUCUUCUUAUCAACGUAGUGUGAAAAAAGAUGAUACCAAACCUAUUCCAAAACUUAAAACUGGAAACGAAGGAGAAACUAGUAAUCACAAUACCGUGACUAAUACUGAACCGCCUCUUAACAUGCAGGGAUGGGAUUUACAGCAACUUGCUAUGUAUCUUCUGAAAAUGGAACGACGAGAAAAAAUGGAGGCUAUGGUUAAAGAAAGAGAGCGAAGCCGUUUAGAAGAACAGCGAACUAAGUGGUCUAGACGAGAGGAGAGCGAAUUUCUGCGAGUUAUAUCAACAUAUGGUGUCAAUUACGAUAGAAAAAAGGCCCAGUACGAUUGGACCAAGUUUAAAAGUAUAGCUAGGUUUGAUAAAAAAACAGACAACGAUCUUACAGACUACUACAUGUCUUUUAGAGCCAUGUGCAAGAAAGCCUGUCACAUGAAACUGACUGAUGACGAUGAAAUUCCUCUGGAUCAUCUCAGUGCUAGUAAAGCUCGGCAAAUAUUGGAUAGGGUUGAUUUGUUGAGCAAAAUACGUGAAGAGAUAUUGUCUCAUCCUCACUUGGAAGAAAGAUUAAUGCUCUGCCAACCUUCAGCUGACACACCAGACUGGUGGCAACCUGGUAAACAUGAUAAAGAGCUGUUACUUGGGGCAGCCAAACAUGGACUCGGUAGAACGGAUAUUACGAUUCUCAACGAUCCUGAUUUUUCAUUUCAUAAAAUUUUGAACAAAAGUAUAUUUAGUGGUGUUCAAAGCGCAAGAAUAGAUAAACUGGAUAAGGCAAUAAAAAUCGAGAGUCGCGAAGAUAUACUGAAGUUUGACAAAGACGAGAUUUUAGUGAAAUUAGAAAAAGGAGAAGGAACGUUGAAGAUUGAAAAAGUUGGUGCAAAAAAAGAUAAGGACUCAAAUAUAGAUAAAAAAGCUGACGCGAUGAACUUGGAAAAAAGUCAAGUGGAGUUGACUAUUGUCAAGGCAGAAGUAAAGCCCGAAGAUAACAGUAGUAGCAGCACACUGACUAUUACUACCAUUCCUAAACCAAAAUCUCCAGAACAAGAAAAAUCUACUGAAGACAAUGUCGAGAGCGAAGAGAAAGGAAAGAGUGAGGACAUCAGUGAAAAAGUCACAUGUGUCGAAGCGAUGGACACAACAGAGCAAACGGAAGUGAAAGAAAAUGGUCCGAUUGUUAAGGAAGAUCCAGUUCAAGAGAUAGAGCCAAUGGUCGAGGACAAAGUAGAUGUACCAGAAGAAAAGGAAGAAACUGAAAAAUUCGAUUCUGAGAAAAUUGAAAAAGAAGAGGAUCUUCUAUCUGAGAAGGAGUCUGAGAAAAUAGAUGUUGCUGAGGAAAAGCAAGAAAAGGAAGUGGAUAAGGGGACUGAAGACGUGGAGAAAACUGAAAAUAAGUCUUCUGAAAGAAGCAAGGAAAUUGACGAAAGUGAAAAGCCCAAGUUGAUAGAAGUCACUGAGGAGCAUGUGGCAGAGAAAAUUGAACAGAAAUCGCCUACAGUUGUCGAAGAAAAGAUGGAGUCUCCAAUCGUGAAGAAAGAAGAGAUAGAAUCUCAGGAGGAGAAGAUAUCUAUUAUUGAAAAAGAUAGUAACAAGACUACAAAUAUAGAAGACAAAUGCAGUGUUCAAGCUGCAGAACUUAAAGCUAUGUUUCCAGAUCUGGAAGUCAUUCAACCUCUUUCGCGACUUACGCAGAUUGACACAUUUGUUCUACGGGACAAAACUAUAGAUUAUACAGAGCCAACUGUUGCUCAGUUGUUGGCACAUAGUUAUCAAAUAUCUAUAAAGUGGCCAAAGGAACAUGCUAUUGAGGCUCGGCUGAUGCACAUUGUUCACGCAAUAGAACACAAGGAAUGGCCAGUUGCCAUAAGUUUUAGUGCUGGUGACGAACCAGAAAUAAUCUCCAAUGAAAAAGAAAGUUCAGAGGUGAUCACAAUAACCACAGAUCAUGGAGUAACUCGCUCUAUUGGAAGUGGAAAUAGCAUAUCUGCUCCCAAGAAGCGAAAAAGGCAUAUCGCCAUUGAUGUAGAAACUGAACGAGCUAAAUUGCAUGCCCUGCUCAACAGUACUCACAUGAGUGCUCAACCUCCUUCGGGAUUGAGUAAACCAACUGUCUUGACUAAUUCAAACUGGGAUGUUAAUGAGGAAUCGCAGUCUGAAGAAUCUCGUCGUUCCACGCCGGUGCAACCUCCUCCUGCCCAUCAGCAAGCGCGGACACCAUCGACUCCAUUUGACUUCAAGUACACAGUUCCAGGGAAAACUACCAUUAUCCCCGGAACUUCUAGCACGUUGACGCCAAUUGAUUUGUCAGCUGGAUAUCCUAAACCAAAUCCUGAAACUAACAAAGACAUGAUGAACGAGGUACAAGACUUUUCUAUGCCGAAUAAGAGCAAGCAAGUCAGCAGUAAUAAAGGAAAGCUGGAUAGCAUGCUGGAGAAGCUUACGAAAAGAAAAAAUUGUCCGACUGACGAACCAAUAAUUGGAAAAGAGAAAAAACGGAAAAAGUUGGAUGAAAUAGUAUUGGGUUUGAGCGCUGCAAAGGAACAGCAAAGCACUCAUUACCCUGAACAUGGCAAAAAGAGUACAAUCACGCCAAACGUCACUGUAACUCCAACGUCCGCACCAAUCGGUCUUCCAAAUCAACCGUCAAGUUCUCAAAAACCGUUUUCCAUUACCGUUACUUCGAUCCCAUCUUCUCGAGCAUCUGGAUCCUCGUCUGGCCUGCCACCUCCAGCCUUACACUCGCACAAAGACAGUUUUUCUGCACUAUUAGCUCAGGCUGAACAGCAAAACCGUGAGCUUAAAAAACAGCAACAGCAACAACAUCAGCAACAGCAAUCUCUCAUUUCAGCGCACUCGUCAAGUAGUCAUCGCAAAAGUUAUGAAGCUAUGAUCGCAAAUAUGAACAAAGUUGCUGAUUAUUCUAACAUUGGGACGUAUUCCCACGAGGCCAAAGUAAACAAAUGGCUCGCCGAACAAACUGCUAUAACGGAACAAUUAGGGGCCGAGUAUUUAAGCGCGCCAAGAAGAAGAAGGCCGCGUGUUGAUCCUUCAUUGUUAGACUGGAAAAAGUUGACAGGAGACGAGAAUGUUGCCGUAAUAAACAGACUUACAGGAAAAAAAGUAACUGGAACUAAAGCACCGCAGUUGAAGAGACUGGGACAAUGGUUGAUUGAAAACCCAAUGUUUGAUGUCGAUCCAAAGUGGGCCGAGCUGGUCAAAGAGCGUGGAAACCUUCCUCACGAUCUACAGAAGCGUUUACCAGGAGCAGACCGAAGCAGCAACAAAGGAAAAAGUCCGGGCAGGCCACCAAUGAUGCCAAGCCCAACAGGGCAAGUUUCCGUCAGUCAGGCCAAUUUGGCUGCCACAUCAAUGGCGUCUAGUUUGAGUUUUCCAUCGUUAGGAAAUCUGAACAAUUCACUUCUAUCGGGCUUAUCUCUUGGCAACUUUGACCCCAAAAAUAAUCCGCUCCUAAUGCCAUUUGGGGGGCUGCCCAACUUGGGAGCUCUAGGAGGUCUUGGGAACCUUGGAAAUCUUGGAAAUAUGAGCUUGACCAAUUCCUUAUUUGCAAACCUGGCAGGGCUCGGCUUACCUUCAUUAGCUGGUAUGGAGGCAGCUUUAGGUGCAACGGCUACGAGCACUGCAGACACAAAUGCUGUGAAUUCAUCUAGCGGAGGAAAGAAUUCAAACUCUAACAGUGUUGGUGGAUCAGGCAAAUCAAGAAGUAAGAUGGACAUCCCCACAAGUAAAUCGUCCGCGCCGUCUACCUCAACAUCGUCAUCCCUCUCGACAACGACCCCUUUCCCAUUCUUCUUUCCAAAUCCUAGUCUUUUGUAUACUCCACUGGGUCUGGGUGGUCUCAAUCCAUUUUCAAUGCAGCCUGGUGGAGUAUCAUCUGCCUAUGAAAGUCUCGCUCAAUGUGGACUCCUCACUCCACCAACAUCCACAUCGUCAUCCCGCAAGACUACAUCCACAUCAAAUACUUCCCGACAAAGGGAUUCUAUAGCAGAUACGAUGAAGCGAAAAGACAGCGAAAAAAAAUCGCGCUAUGUCACAGAUCCGGGUCUGAGCCUUCAACAAUACGCUGAAAUGGCUCUUCACAGUGAUGACAAAAAGCGUACAGAGCCUGACAAGAAGGAAAUCAUCGAACUUAGUCAAAUUGCUGAUUUGUCAGCAAGGUUGGAGCGAAAAUCGAAGGAACAAGAGAUGAAGGAAGCUCUGGAACAGCUUAGCAGAACAAGCGCAGAGCUGCUGACUAGGAACUCGGAGGAUUUUCAACGACCACCGAAGCGCGGUCGUAGUACGGACCAAACUUACGAUCCACCGCCUUCAUUGGAAGUAACUCUAGAACCUAUCGUGAAGAAGGUCAAGGUCACCGAACCUGACAAUGUGAAGGCUGUUGUUACCAGUGAGCCUCUUGAUGUAGAGACGCUCUUACGGCCAACAACAGUUUCCAGGCAAUCAACUGAAGAAGAAACGACUCCGUCUUUGCCAAUUGCCAACGCGAGCAACGUUAAAGAACUCGAAGAUCCUCCUCAGGUAGAGGGUAAUCCAGUGCCCACCACCCCUAAAACCGAAAGUAAACCGAGUUGUACCGAGAGCAGCGAGGACGAUGUAAAAGGCAAAGGAAAGAAAACACGGAACAUCAAACGAUUAAGUAAUGAUCCUCCUCCUGAACGCAAGAAUCUUCGAUCUAGCGCUGGUCGUCAGGCGAGAGCUGCGGCUGAGAGACAGGCUAGGUUGGAGGGUGAACAACAGCUUGCCGAACAACGUGAGAGUCACGGUGUAACAGAGUAAAUGAAUGAAUGUAUUUUAUCAACGAAUAUGCGGAUAAAUAGGUUGAAAUAAGACGUUGAUGGAGUAAAUUAGACGACGACUGAUCUUACGUAGCGGUGAUCGUUAUAAUUGUAUUAAAAUGGACUACGACGAAUUGUAGCGAGUUUAUUAUAUAUGAUAAUAAUAAAAUUAAUGAUACUAUUAAUAUUAUUGAUAAAAACUAAUGAUAAAACUGAUGGUAAUUUAUCGUGAGAGCUGGACACGAGGUACAUACAUACGAAUAAAAUAUAAAUACGCUGACAAUUAUUAUAGGUAUAGUAAUUAUUACAAGUGAACGUGUGAUAAGCCAACACAUAUACGAAAAAUGUGACAGUAUUUUGCGAGGUAAUAUCUAAUUUGUGUGGUAAUUAACAUUCAAUUACAUGAUAAUGUUAUAGGUAGUACCAAGUUGAAAAAAUUUUUCUCUUUUUCGUUAAAUUUAUUACCUUUUUUUGAUCUUAUUGGUUUUGACCAGGGACUGUUUUAUAUACAUGCUAUUGAUUAUUGCUAUCACUGAUAUACAUACUUAUAUAAAUAAUACGCAUAAUAAUCUACUCAUGAUCGUAGUUAAAAUAAACUAGGAAUAAUUUAAAAAAAUCAUGUAAAUACUAAGGAAUCCGAUUGGUAUUGUAAGCAACACGUGUACUUGGAAAAGUGUAUAUAAAGCAGUGUACUUUUAAUUAUACGCUAGGUGAAAUAAUAAUAAUAAACGGCUUCUUUCGUUGUUUGCAAUUUA